CAAAGAUAGGGUAGAGAUUUGCAUCUGGAGAAAAAUGGGCAUCCAGCUCCAGACCCUACUUGGACAGAGGCAUCAGCACCAACCGGGCAGGCUGAGAAUGGAGAAAAUGAGAUACCCCAGGUGGGGAUGGAUCUGAUAUCUAGCUGUUUUCCCCGCUUGCACUCAGGCCCCCAGGAUGGAGCGGCGGGAGCUCCCAGCCUGCACAGCAGCGGGGCAGGAGGAGCAGGAGCUGCGGGAGCGGGCCUUCUUCUCAUGGGCAGAGUUCAGCCGUUUCUUUGAUGCGUGGUGCCAGCAGCGGCUGGCGCUCUUCUUCGUCAAGAGCUCCAUGCACCUGGCACGCUGCCGCUGGGCCAGCGCACCCCCACUCUACACGCUCAUCGACGUGCUCAAGUACAGCUACGUGCGGCUCGUGUGCAAGGAUGUGCGCGCGCCCAGUCGGCCCACCGUGGGGCCCCCCCAGCCCGGCUGCCCGGCCUUCAUCAUCGUCAAGCUGAGCCCGCUGCGGGACCGCCUGGUGGUGACGGAGUGCCAGCUGACCCACUCGCACCCGGCCUGCCCGCUGGAGUUCGCCUACUACUUCCGCCCGGGCCACCUGCUGGCCAACGCCUGCCUGCCGGUGCGCACCACCAACAAGAUCUCCAAGCAGUUCGUGGCCCCGGCCGACGUGCGACGCCUGCUCUCCUACUGCAAGGGCCGCGACCACGGAGUCCUGGACGCCCUGCACGUGCUGGAGGGGCUCUUCCGCACCGACCCCGAGGCCAAGGUGAAGCUGGUGUUCGUGGAAGACCAGGCGGUGGUGGAGACCGUGUUCUUCCUGACGUCGCGCACCAGGGCGCUGCUGCGGCGCUUCCCGCGCAUGCUCCUGGUGGACCGGCUGCCGGGGCUGCAGGGCGCGCUGGACCUGCUGGCGGUGCUCUGCGUGGACGGCGCGGGCCGCGCACGCCAGGCCGCCUGCUGCGUGGCGCGCCCGGGCACGCCGAGCCUGCUGCGCUUCGCGCUCGCGUCGCUGCUGCAGAGCGCGCCCGACGUCAAGGGCCGCGUGCGCUGCCUCACGGCCGGGCCGGAGGUGGCGGCGCAGCUGCCCGCCGUGCGCCAGCUGCUGCCGUGCGCGCGCGUGCAGAUCUGCCGCGCGCAGGGCCUCGAGACGCUCUUCAGCAAGGCGCAGGAGCUGGGCGGCGCCGGCCGCGAGGACCCCGGCCUGUGGCCGCGCCUGUGCCGCCUGGCCGGCGCGUCGUCGCCCGCUGCCUACGACGAGGCGCUGGCCGAGCUGCACGCGCACGGCCCAGCCGCCUUCGUCGACUACUUUGAGCGCAACUGGGAGCCCCGCCGCGACAUGUGGGUGCGCUUCCGAGCCUUCGAGGCGGCCCGCGACCUGGACGCGUGCGCCCUGGUGCGCAGCCACCGCCGGCGACUGCUGCGCCGCCUCAGCCCCUCGCGCAGCGUGGCUCAGUGCCUUCGCGACCUGGUGGCCAUGCAGUGGGCUGACGCGGCCGGGGAGGCGGCGCCGGAGGGACCAGACGGAGGCGGGGCGUGGCUAGAGGGCGAGCUGGGAAGGGGGGGCCAGGUGGAAAACCAGAGGGUGAGGGGCCUGGACACCGGAGACUGGGGAGGGGCUCCGAAAGAAGGAAGUAUUUGGAGAGGGGCACAGAUAGAGAAAGAGUGGGCACGAGAACUGGAGACUAGAGACAGGGGCGGGGCUAAGUUAGAAAGUGAGAAGGGGAGGGGGUUGCAGAUCCGAGAUUGGAGAGGGGUCCAGUUGGAAACCCAGAAGGUGAGGGGGCUGGAAGGGAAUAUCUGGAGAGGGUCCCAGUUGGAGAAAGGGCACUUGAGAGGGCCAGAGGUCAGAGACUGGAGGGGGCCCCAGCUGGAGGGUGAGAAAGAUUGGGCACUGGAAGGUUAUGUCUGGAGGGGGGCCCAGUUGGAGGAGCAGGGGCUACGAGGAUUGGAAGGAUAUACCUGGAGGGUGGCCCCGUUGGAGGAUGGAAGGAGUAGGGUGCUGGAGACCAUAGACAGGAUGGGGAUCCAGUCUGAGUGUGAGAGGGCCAGGAGUAUUGAAGGAAGCCCCUGGAGAGGGGCCCAGCUGCAUGAUGAAAGGGCAAGCGGACUGAGAGCCAGAGAGUGGAAGGGGCCCCAGUUGGAAGCAGAGAAAGGGAAGGGGCUGGAGGUCAGAAACUGGAGGGGGAUCCAUUUGGAGAAGCCUCUGGAAUCGGUCCCUGAGAACAGAGACCAAAGGGGCCCCCAGUGGGAAGAUGAGAGGAGGAGAGGGCCAGAGAUCGCAGAGGAGAAGGGAUUGAUGUUGGGGGUCAAAAGAAGAAGGGGUCUGGAGGACAUAGUUCUGGUCCAGCUGGCGGACACAAGGGUUACAGGCAUGGAGAAUGGAGAUGGAGGAGGAUCCCGCUCUGUGGGCCCCAAGAGCAGAGCAGGACAAGAGAUAGAGUGGGGAGACACAGGAGGGAGGUGUCCAGAGCUGGAGAAUGGAGUCGUGUGUGGUAGCCGGGUGGGGACUGUAUUUGAAGGCAAUCCAGAAUGGGCAGCCACGAGGAGCGAGUACCUGGCUGCCGGGGAGAACCUGCAGGAAGGAGGCGAAGGAGAAGGCCCAAGGGAACCAAAGAGGCUCUGCCGCCCCUCAGGAGAGGAGGAGGUAGAUUGGGAGCCCCUGGCCAAAUUCCGAGCAGCCUGUGGGCCAGAGCUGGCAGACCUGGUGGCCGAGGAGCUAGCCUUUGCCAGGCAGCACGGGACUCGGGGUUUCCACUGGACUGGAGCUGGCUUUGCCCUUAAGGACGGCACCUCGGACUUCUUCCUGGAUGGGGCCCUGACCCGCUGCAGCUGCUCGAUCCACGCUGCCCGUCGUCUGCCCUGCCGACACCUCUUUGCAGCGCGCCUCCUCACUGGGGCAGCCUUAUUCCACAUGGACCUGCUCAGGGAUUGCUGGGGCAGAGCCCCAGAGCCCUGACCCUUAGGGCUCCUGCCCACCACCCUCCACUGUGAGGGCGGGAGGGCAUUAUUCUAUCCCAAAGAUAACAGGGCUGAGGCCAAGGAGACCACCCCAGUCCCUCUGGCCACCUCCUGGGUCAUCCGGGGACCUCAUCUUGGCAGUUUGCCUCUCUAGGUCCAAGGGGAAGCUGACAGUGGUCUCUGAGGUCCUGGAGCCACAGCCAGGGAAGGUGUUGGUGGCCAGUGUGGAUUCUGAGGGCUUCCCUGGGGAGAGGAAAUGUGUGCUGAGAGGUGUAGACAGGGUCAGGCCAGGGCAGAAGGAAGGAAGUGGGCAGAGCUAGGGGGAGGGUGAAGACACCAGGAUAUGGCAGUCUGGCAAGAGUAGACUGGUUAGUCUAGGGAGCGCUGGAUGAAGGGGAGAACAAGGGGAAAGGGCAGUAGGAGAAGAGAGAUGAAGGAGAGGUCAGGGGAGAAAAGAUAGAAGCGGGGACAGAAGUGGAGGGGAGAGGACAAGAGAUGAGAGAGAUGAGGAAAAGCAGGGGGAGGCAGGAGAGAGGUGAGACGGGGAGGGGACAAGGGGACAGGCUGGAGGAGAGGGAAGGAAAAAUGAGAUGAGAUCAAGGGAAGGAAUGGGAGAUGGGGAGGGAAGCAAUGAGAAGGGAGUGAUUCGGGUGUUUCUCCAAGACCUGGAGCUUUGGAGCCCCGUUGCCUUCUGGGUGGCUGUUCGUUCCUGGAAGGCAGAGUGCGAGGGGGCACUGGGAGUCUGGGGGGACGGGCUGGACACUCCAGCGGGGGAAGGGAACUGUUUGGACUAUUGUGCUUUAAGAUCGGAAUAAAACAGUAUUAUUUUGG